AUGGACAACUACAGAGCUGGGAAGCGCAGCUCGAUUUCAUUUGGGGGACACCAAAGGCCAAUGGUAAAUUUUAGUCAAAACGACUUAUCGUACUAUGCGCCACGGCAGCUUUAUUCGGCGCAACAAUCGCCCAAUCUUCCAACUCAACUGACAUAUCCUUGUCGUUUCGAGACGGCAUUCCCGCUGUAUGCACUAGACUGGAGUCGUGAAGAUUACGUGGCAAUUGGCUCCUACAGAGAAGAUACCUUCAACAAGCUACAAAUCUUGCACUCGUCCGACGUAAUUACAUGGGAAAAGGUUGGCGAGGAGAAUUGCGUUUUCCCCAUCUCGCGGAUUCAAUGGUGCCCCAAUGGCAUGUCGCAACAGUUAGCAACGUGUUCGGACUCUUUGCGUCUUUGGAGCUUCAUGGAUUUUUCGCUUCAAGAACAGGUGAACUUAUCACUUCACCGCUACAACAAGAGUGGCGGUUCCCAAGGGUCAGUAACCUCGUUGGGACAGUUACCACCAGUUUCUUCAUUCCAUUGGAACCCUGUGGAUCCCAACCUUAUCAUUUCCAGCUCGAUAGACACUACGUGCACCGUUUGGGAUUUGCAAUCGAAUAACUAUGUCAAAACGCAAUUGAUUGCGCACGACAGCGAAGUUUUCGACGUAAAGUUUUUGACGCAGUCGACACAGCUGUUUGCGAGCUGUGGUGGCGACGGUAGCGUUCGAGUGUUUGACCUGCGCUCUUUGGCACACAGCACUAUCAUUUAUGAACCAAGUUCGCAAUCGGUUGGGGGUGGAUCCCAGUCUCACGAUAGUGGCGGCAGUGCAGGCAGCAGAAGCGGAAAUGGUAGUAGUAGCGGUAGUGGCAGUGGUAGUGGUAGUGGUAGUGGAAGUGGUAGCGGUAGCGGCAGCGGUUCUGGAUACGCGUCUGCAGCAGAUCAUGGGAACUGUGCCUUGCUAAGACUGGAGCCGUCGCCGUUUGACCCGAACGUGGUAGCUACGUUUGCGCAGGACUCUACAAGCGUGUUGAUCUUGGACAUGCGAUACCCGGGAGCGCCAGUGUUGACUUUGGAAGGCCACUCGGGCUCAGUGAACCAAAUUCAAUGGCACCCAACGCGCCACAACGUACUAAUUUCGUGCGGUGACGAUUGCCAAGUGCUACUGUGGGAUCUCAACUCACAUUUGGGCGCUCCUGCUGCAACCGCCGUGUCUACAAAAUGGAACAACGGCAAAAUGGCGCAUUCAAUCGAUACCCCGCAACAGGUGUAUAACGAUACAAAUUACGAAAUCAACAAUAUUGUGUGGCGACCUCAUGGGGAUUGGUUUGCGUGCAACAUGGGGCGGCAAUUCCAAACCGUGCGGGUGUAA